AGGCCUCCCCGGAGCAGGGGAGGGGCGGGAUUUCUCAGGGAACAGAGAAGCGGGCAGCGCUCGGCGGCGGCCGUCCUGAGACGGUUGGUCUGUGGCAGCGGCGCCCCUUCCCAUUUCCCCCAGGACCCCCUCACGGGAGCCCGAGACCUGCCUGGCCGCCCACUCGCCCGGCCCGGCCUUCUGCCCUUUUCCUCAGCGCGGGGAGGAGAGAGACGGGGGACGCGGACGAGGAUUCGCCGCGCCGGCUCUUGAGGCGAGGUUUCGUAGGGCUUUCCUGAGCAUGAAUUCAGGAUGAAGCGGCGAGUGGAGGAACAGGACUCCCCCGUCUACGCGUCCCAGCAGAGGCGCAUCGCCAGCAGCGGCGAGCCCUUCCAGCACCAGCACCGCGUGCUCGCUCCAGCCCCCCCUGUCUAUGAACCUGUUUCGGAGACCAUGCAGUCCGCUACCGGGAUCCAGUACUCGGUCACUCCCACCUACCAGGUGUCCACCGUUCCCCAGAGCUCCAACAGCCACGGACCCACUUUAGCCGCCGUCCACAGUGGGCAUCAUCACCCCGCCCCGGUUCAGCCUCACGGGAGCCAAGUGGUGCAGAGCCACGCCCACCCGACGCCACCAGCGGCACCAGUCCAAGGGCAGCAGCAGUUCCAGAGGCUGAAGGUCGAAGAUGCUCUCUCUUACCUUGACCAGGUGAAGCUGCAAUUCGGUAGCCAGCCUCAAGUCUACAAUGAUUUCUUGGACAUAAUGAAGGAGUUUAAAUCUCAAAGCAUCGAUACUCCCGGGGUGAUCAGCCGCGUCUCUCAGCUCUUCAAAGGCCACCCAGAUUUGAUCAUGGGGUUCAACACCUUCCUGCCUCCCGGCUACAAAAUCGAAGUGCAGACCAACGACAUGGUGAAUGUAACCACGCCAGGGCAGGUGCAUCAAAUCCCGGCUCACGGCCUCCAGCCGCAGCCCCCGCCGCAGCCCCAGCACCCGUCUCAACCUUCAGCACAAUCGGCUCCCACCCCGGCGCAGCCAGCCCCACAGCCGCCACCCGCCAAGAUCAGCAAGCCCUCCCAGCUCCAGACCCAUACGCCCACCAGCCAGCAAGCUCCUCCGGUCCCUUACGCCUCCCCUCGCUCUCCGCCAGUCCAGCCCCACACGCCUGUGACAAUCUCCCUGGGGGGGACCACCCCCUCCCUGCAGAACAAUCAGCCCGUGGAGUUCAACCACGCCAUCAACUACGUCAACAAGAUCAAGAACCGUUUCCAAGGGCAGCCGGACAUUUAUAAGGCCUUUUUGGAGAUUCUCCACACCUAUCAGAAAGAGCAGCGGAAUGCCAAGGAAGCCGGUGGGAACUACACCCCAGCGUUGACCGAGCAGGAAGUCUAUGCCCAGGUGGCACGCCUCUUUAAGAACCAGGAGGAUUUGCUCUCCGAAUUCGGGCAGUUCUUGCCAGAUGCAAAUAGCUCCGUUCUCUUGAGCAAGACCACGGCGGAGAAAGUGGAGUCGGUGAGAAACGACCACGGAGGCACCAUCAAAAAGCCCCAGCUGAACAGUAAGCAGCAGAGGCCCAAUCAGAAUGGCUGUCAAAUCCGGAGGCACGCCACUCCGGGGGUCACCCCGCCAGUGAAGAAGAAGCCAAAGCUCCUUAAUUUGAAGGACCCAUCCUUUGCAGAAGCUGGCAAACACGGCACAGAGUCUCUGUUCUUUGACAAGGUCCGCAAAGCACUGCGCAGCACGGAGGCCUACGAGAAUUUCCUCCGGUGCCUCGUCAUUUUCAAUCAGGAGGUCAUAUCCCGAGCUGAGCUGGUCCAGCUGGUUUCUCCCUUUCUGGGAAAAUUUCCAGAGUUGUUCACUUGGUUUAAAAACUUCCUGGGUUACAAAGAAUCCUCUCACCUGGAAAGCUUUCCGAAGGAGCGAGCGACCGAGGGGAUAGCGAUGGAGAUAGACUAUGCUUCCUGCAAACGGCUGGGCUCCAGCUACCGAGCCUUGCCCAAAAGCUACCAGCAGCCCAAAUGCACGGGUCGAACGCCGUUGUGCAAGGAGGUUUUGAAUGACACCUGGGUCUCCUUCCCCUCCUGGUCUGAAGAUUCUACGUUUGUGAGCUCGAAGAAGACUCAGUAUGAAGAGCACAUCUACCGAUGUGAGGAUGAACGGUUUGAGCUGGACGUGGUCCUGGAGACUAACCUGGCCACCAUCCGCGUCUUGGAAACGAUACAAAAGAAGCUCUCCCGCUUAUCGGCCGAAGAGCAAGCCAAAUUCCGCCUCGACAACACCUUGGGGGGCUCCUCCGAAGUCAUCCACCGCAAAGCCCUGCAGAGGAUAUACGCGGACAAAGCGGCCGACAUCAUCGACGGCCUUCGGAAGAAUCCCGCCGUGGCUGUCCCCAUUGUGCUGAAAAGGUUGAAAAUGAAAGAAGAGGAAUGGCGGGAAGCCCAGAGGGGAUUCAACAAAGUGUGGCGGGAACAGAACGAGAAAUACUAUUUGAAAUCCCUGGACCAUCAAGGCAUCAACUUUAAGCAGAACGACACGAAGGUCUUGCGGUCCAAGAGCCUGCUGAGCGAGAUUGAGACCAUCUACGAUGAGAGGCAAGAACAGACCUCGGACGACAGCAGCGGCCCUCACCUCUCCCUGGCCUACGAGGACAAGCAGAUUCUGGAGGACGCCGCCUCCCUGAUCAUCCACCACGUGAAGCGCCAGACGGGCAUCCAGAAAGAGGACAAGUACAAAAUCAAGCAGAUCAUGUACCACUUCAUCCCGGACCUCCUCUUCGCCCAGCGAGGGGAGCUCUCCGACCUGGAGGAGGAAGAGGAGGAGGAGAUGGACGUGGACGAAAGCUCCGGGGCGGUGAAGAAGCACAACGGGGUGGGGGGCAGCUCCCCCAAAGCCAAGCUGCUCUUCAGCGGCACGGUGGCUCAGAAGCUGCGCAGCCUGGACGAGGCCUACAACCUCUUCCACGUCAACAACAACUGGUACAUCUUCCUGCGGCUCCACCAGAUCCUUUGCCUGCGGCUGCUGCGGAUAUACAGCCAGGCCGAGCGGCAGAUCGAGGAGGACAGCCGGGAACGGGAGUGGGAACGGGAAGUGCUGGGGGUGAAGCGAGAGAAGAGCGACAGUCCAGCCAUCCAGCUGCGCUUGAAAGACCCCAUGGACAUCGAGGUGGAAGAUUACUACCCUGCUUUCCUGGACAUGGUGCGGAAUCUCCUGGAUGGCAACAUGGACUCCUCCCAAUAUGAGGACUCCCUGCGUGACAUGUUCACCAUUCACGCCUACAUCGCCUUCACCAUGGACAAGCUCAUCCAGAGCAUUGUCAGACAGCUCCAGCACAUAGUGAGUGACGAAAUCUGUGUGCAGGUAACCGAGCUCUACCUGUCCGAGAGCCACAACGGUGCCACGGGAGGGCUGCUGACCUCACAGCCCUCUCGCUCCCUGGUGGAAACGGCCUACCAGCGCAAAGCCGAGCAGCUGAUGCAGGACGAGAACUGCUUCAAGAUGAUGUUCAUACAGGGCAGAACCCAUGUUCAGUUAACCAUUGAACUGCUGGAUACCGAAGAGGAGAACUCGGACGAUCCCGUUGAGGCGGAGAACGCAAAUGCAUCUCAGCUCCCAGACCGAAAUGGGGCGUUGGAGGCAUCUCAAAAAAAGAUCUCAAAUUUCGUGGGAAGUCAAAAUAAAGAAAACGCUUUCAGGCUUGCGAGAUUCUCUUCCUGGAGCCUGACGCGUUGGACGGAUUACGUGGACCGCUACGUCAACUCCGACUCCACGUCUCCCGAACUGCGGGAUCAGCUGGUCCAGAAGCCGGUCUUUCUGCCCAGGAACCUUCGGCAGAUCCGCAAGUGUCAGAGAGGCCGGGAGCAGCAGGAGAAGGACAGCAAAGAAGGCCUGGGCAAGAAGCCCCUGGAGAACCUGGAGAGCUUCGACAAGCUGGAAUGCAAGUUCAAGCUCAACUCCUACAAGAUGGUCUACGUCAUCAAUUCGGAAGACUACAUGUACCGGAGGACCGCUCUGCUGCGCGCCCAUCAGUCCCACGAGCGAGUCAGCAAGAGGCUGCACCAGCGUUUUCAGGCCUGGGUGGACCGGUGGACGAAGGAGCACAUCACCCGGGAGAUGGCGGCCGAGACGAGCCAAUGGCUAAUGGGCGAAGCCCUGGAGGGCCUGCUGCCCUGCACCACCACCCGCGAGGCCGAGGACUUGCAUUUUGUGAGCAUCAACAAAUACCGUGUGAAAUACAGCCCAAUUUGUAAGACGCCCUGAACGCCGGUUGCGGGGAGGGAAAGAGGGAAAACGAAACGCGUUUGGUUGGAGCGGGAGGGGAGAAGCGCCCUCACACACACACACACACACCCCGCGGGAGGGCAGCGCGGCGUGGGCCAAAUAAGGAGGACGGCUUCGUCUCCCCGUUUCCCCCCUCCUUCGCGCGGCUCCGCGACCUGCCACUUCCGACCGGAGAGACGUCCCGGGGGCCUGUUUUCCCAUUGGGUCUUGUGGAACCAAAGCCGGCCCGGCAGCCAGGAUCAGCGCCCCGCGGGGCACGGAAGGUCCGCGAGUCGCCCGAGGGGAGACACACCUGGCCUCUCUACCCACCACCAGCAGCAGCAGCAGCCCCUGACCCCCUUCGGGUGCUUUUGAGUAGCUCGACGAGACUCUCGGUGCGUGGCAUAUAUCCCCCCCCCCCGCGCUUUCUCCCCCUCCUCGUCUCCUUCCUGAAAGACACGAGUUUUAAGGCCAGAGAAUCUUUUAAGGAACACCGGGAGUGCGGCGUCCCCUCGUCUCCACGGGACUUGGUGGGGCAGACUUUUUGCAAACUUUGAGCCGCUUCCUGAGUUUUGCAGACUAACCGGGGGGGGGGUGGUGUGGGGGGGGGUCAGACCCCUGGGCAUCUACGGGUCUGCCGUUUCAACUUUUCCUUCUCAUCCGUUGCGUUCCUGUGAGCGGGGACUCCUCCCAAUGUCCCCUAAACACCGAUUUAAGAUCAGUCUGUUCUUUCUAGUGCCAGUGGAACUACCGUUUUAUUUGGGUUUUAUUAUUAUUAUUAUUAUUAUUAUGACUAUUAUUAUGUUUUUGUACCUGCUUGUUUACUAGGCUCUUAGUGCCACGCACCAGCUGUCCACACAAACAUACACUCUCUUUCUCUCUCUCUUUCGCUCUCUCUCUCAGACACACACAUACACAAUCUUAUCAGUCACACAUGCACGCUUUGACAAUAGCAGCCACAACCGAUUUUAAACCGGUUCUUCGCCUUCCGCUCCCCGCCCGCCCCCCGCCCCUUUCUUCCUGGUUGGUUUUCUUUCUUUCUUUUUUUUUUGUAAAUAAAUGUACAUAUUUGUCGAUUUUUUUUUUUAAUUAAAAGAAUAAGUGUGCUUAACGUGCUAGUACAAUUCUUACUAGCCUUCCCCCCCCCCCCUUUUGGAGUUACCGGAUGGUUUCAGGGUUUUUAGUACCUUAAGAGAGAGAGAGAGAGAGAGCGGGCGAAAUCAUUUUAUUACACUUUCUACCAAAGGGAGUUGUCGUUGCGAUGCUUUUCGUGUGGAAGGUUGUUUCUCUCUUCUUCUUUUUGUUU